ACUGCUUUGCACUUGAAUAGAUUUGCAUGCAAUUUCGUGUACAAUGACAAAUAAAUCUACUCUACUCUUUUCUAUUCUAUCUUGAUUUUGAUGCCUAAUUGGAUGACACUGCAAAAUACACUGGGACCAGGCAGUGAAUAUAUGUAAUCUGUACAAGUUUGACAUUUUUAAUGUCAGAUUGCCAUGCCUUUUUUAAUUACCACUGUGAUUGUGAUUUUAGAGUUGACUUUAUGUGAUGCCACGCCCACUUUAAUGACUUUUAUGGAGAUUUUUUUCAUAAUGAAAUGCGUUUUCUGCAACGCAUAAGCAAAUUUUUGGGGAUGUUUCAUAUAUUCCUUGAAAAGAUACUCAUGCAUAGCUUAAUUUUCUCAAAAUUCCCAUGUGUCUCACUCCACAUCAACAAAGAAACUGUGCUAUGAUGCUUGACUUUCUCUCUCUCUCUCUGAAACCCCUCCUGCCUCCUGCAGCCAGUUUUGUCUUCCUCUGCUGACACAAUCACACUGUCUCCCUCCUCACUCCAGGCUGCGCGUUAAAAUAGCUAAUUUUACAUUUUAAUGAAUAAGAACUUAACUCGCCUGAAACUUUCAGAGUGUUUUUAUUACUGGAAGAGAGUGUUAUAUUCUUUUCUGUUAUUCGGCAGUGAAGAUUUUUUUUUCUUUUUCGCUGAGAAAACCGGAGAACCGUGUUUUGCAAGAUCCAGACGCUGAUCCAGAAAUGUGCGCCUGAAAAGGCACACAGGGUUGAUAAUCUCUCUGAAUUUUGGCUGGGAUAACAAGAAGGAUUGGAAGCAAACAAAGGAUAACACAAUCAGGGCAGUAACAGAAGGUGUAUGUUGCCUCUCACUGUAGUUUUCCUGCCACUACCAUGAGUUGGAGUUUCCUGACUCGCCUGCUGGAAGAAAUCCACAACCAUUCCACAUUUGUGGGCAAAAUCUGGCUCACUGUCCUCAUUGUUUUCCGCAUUGUGCUGACAGCCGUAGGCGGUGAGUCCAUCUACUACGACGAGCAGAGUAAGUUUGUUUGCAACUCUGGCCAGCCAGGCUGUGAGAACGUCUGCUACGACGCCUUCGCUCCGCUUUCACAUGUCCGCUUUUGGGUUUUCCAAAUCAUUCUGGUGGCCACGCCGUCGCUCAUGUACCUGGGAUACGCUGUCAACAAGAUUGCUCGGGCAGAAGAGCAGGCUGACAGCGGGGGAGUGAGUGGAUUUUCACGAAGGAAACCCAAGAAGCACUGUCUGGCAGGCAGAAAGCAGCACAGCAGCACUGAACAGGCCGAGGAUCACGACGAGGAAGACCCAAUAAUCUACGAAAUGACAGAGGCAGAGAGCGACGGUGGGGAAGCAGCAAAAGGAGGAAGCAGUGACAGACAAGUAAAAGGGAAGGUCCGCCAUGACGGCCGUCAGCGUAUCAAAGAAGAUGGACUGAUGCGCAUCUAUGUCAUCCAGCUCUUGGCCCGCUCCUUGCUGGAGGUGGCUUUCUUGUGUGGACAGUACUUCCUGUAUGGAUUUGCUGUACCUGCCACUUACGUGUGCUCAGACCUGCCCUGCCCUCAUAGCGUGGACUGCUUUGUGUCACGGCCGACUGAGAAAACCAUCUUUCUUCUCAUCAUGUACACCGUCUCCGUGCUCUGUUUGGUCCUCAAUAUAUGGGAGAUGCUUCACCUGGGCAUCGGCACCAUCUGUGAAAUUAUACGCUCCCGCCGGGAACAGCUCCAUGACGACGAGCUAUACAGGCUUACAAGGGCUCAAGGGGCUCUUAAUGAGGCGGGAUUGAGUGGGGACGAUUACAGCAGCUACCCCUUUUCAUGGAAUGCACCAUCGGCUCCACCAGGUUACAACAUCGCCAUAAAGCCUCUUCUGGUACCCACUGGAAACCACAGCCAGCCGCUUCCCAUCACCGAUCUCACUAAUGCCAAGAUGGCGUGUCGGCAGAACCAUGUUAACAUUGCCCAAGAGGAGCGUCAGCAGUACACCAGUAAUGAUGAAAACCUGUGCAGAGCUGGGAUGGGAGAUGCCCCCAGAGGUGUUCACAAGGACAUCGGUCAGCCUCCGAACAAGCUGGAGGUUAACAGUCAGGCCUACAGCCAGCUGCAGAGCCACAGCAAUAACUACAGCAAGCCUCACCGCGAACGCAAACACCGGCAGGCCUCCAGACAUGCCUCCAGCAAGGCUGACACGGACAGAGGCAGCAGUGGCAACAGUAGUAGCAGCAAAUAUGGAGUGAUCAAGGGCUCUGAGUGGAUCUGAAGCACAGACGGUCGUUUUCUCGUUAAUCUUGAAGCAAUGCAAAGCCUCAGCAAACACAGUAUUUGCAUAACUGUAUCUAACCUAAAAAAAAAAACGAGGACAACCAAUUUGCAGUAUUUUUAUGUGAUGAAAAUAAGUGAAAAUAUGUGAGAAGCUAAAACAGACCGAUAAGAACAAGUUUACCACUCAUUUAUAAACCUAAAUGUCUCUUCUGCUAGUAAACAGCAUGUUUAAUGCAGCUAUGUUGGAGAUUGAUUGGGUCAUAUGCAAAAUUCAAUUACAGUUUACAGAGAUAUGCAAAAAAAUGCCUUUAGUAGUAUAAAAAUAUGCUAUUUCAAGUAGAAAGUUGUCUAAAAGCAACCUUUACAUCUCUGGGAGAAACACAAAAUAGUCAUGGCUUCAUUACAAUAAGUUUAAACUUGUACAGUUUUGCUGCACGGUUUCAGUGUUAGAGUUCUGCAUUGAGCAAUGGAACAGACCCUGCUACUAACAUUUAAACAGGAACUUGCAAGAAACAGUUGAAAAUAAUGUGACUGGCACAACAUGAUGUUUAGCUCUGCUGCAAAUGUAAACAGCAUUGCAUUACAGUAGAGUAAUUUUCAAAAUAAUUGUAUAUUUUAAUAGCUUUUGCUGUAAGAUCCUGGUGCCGUAAUUUAACAGGAGCAUCUAUGCUGUAAUCUAUAGUGCCUUAAACAGUCAAAGAGCUGCUUCAUGCUGAAUAUGCAGCACUUUAUGUUCCACAUAUUUUUAUUUCUUUCUGUAAAAUCACCAUAGACUGAAAACAGGACCUCAAUCCUGCUGUCUAUGUAAGUAUUCACCAGUUCACCAUCCAGAGUUUAAAGCUUUGAGCGAUAUUGUUGUUUCUGAAUAUGCAAAAGAGUUUUUUUUAAACUAAUCAUCUUUUAUCUUUCUUGGAUUGAUUGUUUUCCGGAGCCAUAAAUAGACUAUAAAAGGAAGUAUGUUUAAGCUGGUAGUUUCACCAUGUUUUCAGUUGGUCAGGUUACUGACUUUUUGCCAUUUUUUGGAGAGAGAAAAUAAGUUCUCUAGUAAGUGUUUUGACAGAUGGUAAAUUGUAUCGGUAAAUGGAAAUGCUUGGCAAUGUUUAGCAACCUAACUCUGAUAUUAAAGCUGUUGUUAGUGUCUUACUGUCAAGCUAUUAUCAUUUUUUACAUAUUUUAUUUCAAGUUUAUGCUGUGAAGUUAUCAACUGUUAGUCCAUUGGGCCUGGUAUACACAAUUCUUUAUCAUUGAAAUACUUUCAUUUACAGAUCUUUAAACUGAAAUGCCAUUAGGGCUAUUUGUUUGCACUGCCAAUGUUUCAUUUUUGAAAAACUAUUUUUAUGAAAAAGAAGUGCAUGUUUUGAAUAAAGAAUUUGUAUUUGU